UUCCGUUGUCCAUUUUUCCAGAUUUUUUUUUUUAACCAAACAAUUCCGCUUGCCAGUUUCGAUAAGCUGUACAAUAGUAGAAACGAUUCUAUUAUAAACAUUUCACAGAGGCACUAGAACUGCAUAUUCGUUUUUGUGUAACAGCGGUGAUUUUAUUUGAAGAACAAUGUCUAACACUGUUUCUUUCAGUACACAAAUAGCUGCAAUCAUGGAUGUGCUAUCAAAGGCAGCAGUUGCAGAAAUAACCAAACUUGUAGACGAGGGCACUGUCGUGUUACGGCUUGAAAUGUGUCGGAAAGAAAAUGAGAUAGAAGGCCUUCAAAACAGUUUACAGCUGAUGGAAAGAGAACUGAUGAAAGCUCAAAGAGAAGCAGCAACACGAGUUAAAAAUGACAGGCAACAUGCUGAGGAAAUUCAGGUUAGGAGUGGGACUCUUCAAAAAGGUAAGAGGAGGGUAGGUGCUUUUAGCAACGCGGGUAAAUGUAUAUACUCUAGCGUUGUUUUCCAUUGUAUCUAUAAAAAUUAUGCCAGCUGAUUCAGGAUUUCGACUGCCUGGGAAACACUGCCUGCCUGUCAGUCUCGUUCCGACUAGUUCAUUGCUAUGGGACAGCUGGAGAUCGAAUUUUAAUAUUGAAACAAUGUUGCAAAUGUCGGAGAGACAGACAAGGUUUCUACAAUCUAAAUGUAAUUCUAAAAGAAAUGUGAGAAUGUCUAGAUGCUUUUUAUAGUGGAGAUCAAAUUAAUAAAUUGCCUGGCUGGGUUGGUUGAGUGAAUGCCAAGAGUGUGCAAAGCUGUCAUCAAGGCAAAGGGUGGCUAUUUGAAGAAUCUCAAAUCUCAAAUAUAUGUUGAUUUGUUUAACACUUCUUUGGUUACAAUAGGAUUCCAUAUGUGUUAUUUCAUAGUUUUGAUGUCUUCACUAUCAUUCUACAAUGUAAAAAAUAAAAAAUAAACCUUGAAUGAGUAGGUGUGUCCAAACUUUUGACUGGUGUUGUAUAUAUGCCAUUUAGAAGACGCUUUUAUCCAAAGCAACUUACAGUCAUGCGUGCAUAUAUUUUUUUACAUCCGGGAAUCGAACCCACUGCCGUGGACGUUACAAGCACCAUGCUCUACCAACUGAGCUACAAAGGACCACACCCGUGUUUUAAAUACACCCGAGUUCCUAAAAGCACCUAAGAGGCGUGCUGACAUUUGGUGCUAUCAAGUCAGGUUAUUUUGCACUGUUCAAGGUGUUGUUUUAUUGCUUAUUUUACUUAACAAUUUCUAACAAUUACAUAAACCGUCUACUCUACUUCCAGGUGAUGAAGAGGACCAGAAAUCCCAAGCUAUGCCUGUAGAGGACCCAGUAGAGAGCUUCAAUGAGCUGCAGAGGUCUGGACACCUUGUAGAGGUGAGGGGUGGACUGGAGUUUCUGGUGAAAGCAGAGCAGGUGGAAGAACAUGUAGCCCAGGGAACCAUACAAGACCCAGGAAUCACAGACAGUGUGGACUUUAUAAUGGAUGAGAGAGAUAGUCAGCUGUGGUCCUCUGUUACACAAGGACUAAGUGGGAAUAAUUCUGGUCACCCAGAUGGGUCUUACACUACAGAAAGAUGCUUACAGAUGUUCUCCUCUCAGGCAGAUCAAUAUCCCGCUCCCAUCCCAUCCCAUCCCGCUUCCUGCAUCUCUUUGUCCACUGUAGGAAAACCACUGGAUGACACAUUCAGCACUGUCCCAGUGAAAGUGGAGCCCGAGAGGCAUCCUGUGUAUCAUGACGAUGCCAUGUCUGAGUCCAUACAAGCUGAGCAGGGGAAGUACAGAGAUACUCUGCAUCCUAUUGUGAGGGAGGGCUUGAUUUUACAUCCCAGACUGCAGCAACCAGGACCUUCUUCACAAGGGCUCAUGAGAGCAACUGAGAGCACAUCGGAGUCGCACUCACACAACCAAGAGCAUAUUCUUAAUAAGAACAGAUUGAAAACAAAGAGGAUGGUAAAUGUUUGGAGAGCUUUACCAAACCAAAAAGUGUUCAUCUGCUCAUUGUGUGGAAAGGGCUUCCACCGCCAUUGUCAACUUGAAGCACACCAGCACUCUCAUGGUGGAGUCAAACCAUACAGAUGUCUUGAGUGUGGGAAAAGUUUUACUCAGAAGCAAAGACUUAAGUCACAUCAGAGUGUUCAUACGGGUGAGAGACCUUUCAGUUGCAGACUCUGUGGCAAGAGGUUUGCAAGGCAGGACAACUGCCAAACACAUGAGAGAUUUCACAGUGGACAAAAGCCAUUUAGUUGUGUGCAGUGUGGUAAAAGUUUCACAGUUCUCUGUAACCUCAAACUACAUCAAAAACAUCAAUGUAAGUAAAUUUUCCAAUGUCCGAAUGUAAGAUUGCAUGUUGUUCAGUGUUUUCCUCAGCAUUGUACAAUUAAUGAACUGUUUAUGUUGAUUGUUGAACCGUUCAACUGUACUGAGAUUAGCAGGAUUAGGUUUCCAAUCAAGUAUUUCAAGACAUCAUUUGGUGAUUUUUAAAUAGUGAUAUCCCAAGUAUAAAUACAGUCAAGUACACACCACACAUUAAAGGGUAAAACAUUUUUACUUGUGCUAUGUCAUAACUUACCUGGACCACCUAUUGAGAUGUGCCUUUUUAUGAAGUAAAUCAGGUGUAAAAUGAGGUGAAAAUGAGACUGGAGUGCCACUUUAAGAUCGUAGCAGCAGUUGAGUUCGUGCAUUUUGGGGUUACAAAUGAAGUUUACAUUUGAUGAUUGCAUUGUAAAACAUCUUUAACAUGUCUACAAGGUGUUUGCAGUGUAAGGGCAAUGCAACUAAAUGUAAAACUGUGCUUUUUGACAACUGUCAAUCAACCACUAUAUUUGUUUACGGAUAGUUUCAUUGUUGUUGCCAGCUAGGCUGACUGUAUGUGCAGAGCCUUUUGUAAUAUAAGAUGCAUGAUUAACAUUACUGCUUGAGGAUUUUGUACCCUGUUGGUUUUUACAUGACUGAUAAUAAUAGCCUAAUGGUUUCUUCCCGUUGUAACUAGGUGUCCACUGUCCCAAGUGCGACUGUCAGAAAGAUGCUUCAAAAGUUGUUUUGGCCCGGUGGCUGAGACUUACUGCUCUAGGCCCGGUUUAAGGCUAAGCUCAUUGUUAGAACCUUCGUAGAGCAUCGUUAAAUCUCUGAGCUGUUUCCCAUACCCAGAGCUGCCAACUCUCAAGCAUUGGCCGUGAGAAGACACGCAUUUGAGCCUCUUCUCACGCUCACACGCCACACCUCUCACGCAUCGAAAAGUACUGAUUUUAUUUUCUAAUUAGUCAGCGCGUUAACUUUUCAACUGUGCUCCAAAUUGUUUUGAAAUCGGAGCAUCUGCACCUGCAUUUUAAUAACAUCACGAGCGGACGCAUGGGGCGGCGCACAAUUGGCCCAGCGUCGUCCAGGGUAGGGGAGGGAAUGGCCGGCAGGGAUGUAGCUCAGUUGGUAGAGCAUGGUGUUUGCAACUCCAGGGAUGUGGAUUCGAUUCCAACAGGGGUAUGAAAAAUCAAAAAAGUAUGUAUGCACUCACUAACUGUAAGUCGCUCUGGAUAAGAGCGUCUGCUAAAUGACUAAAAUGUAAAUGUAAAAUGAAUCUCUAUCAUUAUUGGCCUGUCUUGCCACAGCACUAUGAACCACUGCACAUUAAAGCAUAUGAUUGGUCUAGUUAUGUAAUGGCUCAAGGUGAUUGGGUGCGCGUUUGAAAGAAACCCCUCGGAUUGGAGUGGCGCUGAAUGGAGAGCGAGAACGUUCUCCGCUGAGUUUAUAAAGCUGUAAAAAGAGCAGCACGGUAGCGCUGUUUUAUGUACAAUGUUGUCAACAAAAUGUGUUUGCUGUUACUCCCGUCCCUAUUGCAGAAUGCAGCCUUUUGACAGCAUGUACUAAAGUUGAUUUAAUCCACACUUGCAUUAGUCCCCUCGUUUGGUGAUUGGCAUUUAGGCUGUGACAACGAAAAGGGGGGGUAAAUAUAACAGUUAUUUGGUUAGGGUAUAGGGUCGUCUUCAGGGCAUUUUAUUAUCUACUUACUUUAUUUACCAGGUCAGUGGAACAAUUCUCAUUCUUAACAAUGGGCUAAACUCUAGGGUAAUUUAUGUACUUGUCACCAAGAACACUACUAUUAUUCCCCACACUUACUUUAUUAUUCUGCUUCAUCCCAAUUUUGCCAGUGUAAUCACAUAUUUGAAAUCUGAUAUGCCUAAUUGUCUUUUAAAAAUCAAUUAUAGGAGGCUAUGUAUUUUUGUAGCCAUUCAUGGACAGUUUUGAAUGUCAUACAAAUAAUCAUUGGAUAUUAAAUGUUCCAGGCCUCGCAUAUAAUUUUUUUACUUUGAGUAUUGUGCACGUUAGGAAGAGAUGGUAGGGGGACUCACACCUCAUAAAAGCAUCAUAUUUUGUCUAUGCAGAGUAAGAUGAUGCCAAGGAUCUUCAACUAGUAGGCAUAAACCACCCGAGUUGAUAUCCAUUAGAUUUUUUUUGAAGGUGGGUGAUUUUGAUAAAUGUAGUGUUAUAACAAGAACAUUUUCAAACACCCAGCACUUGGGAAACAUAGAUCGGGGUGGCCAACCCUCCUGGAGAGCAAGCAGGAUUUUAAAAUAGAACUUUCACCCAAAAUACAAAAUGUUUGUAUCCUUACCUUGAAAGCAGUCUAUGGACAAGGAGACUGCGAUCUAUGAUUUGGUUACCCACUGUCAUCAACCAUUACUAUUACUAUUUCCUGUGCAGAGCCUUGGUGUAGUGGUAACACUCUCCGGCACGUGUUGCAUACAACUUUCCACCGGAGACCAGGGUUUAAUCCCUGCUUCCAACCUUCCCACUGUUUUUACCCAUUUCAUUACUGUCUGAAAAUAUGUAGAAAAAAAUAUUUGCAUACUUUAAAUUGAAUCCCCCCAAAAUCUCAAAGUAACAAAGUCGUCAAAUUUUGAGUGUUCAUUUAAUGUUCAAAGCAUCCUGAAUACACCUGACCUCUGGUUUUAUUUAUUUUUAUUUUCCACCCUGCUCAUAGGCCUAAACCAUGUCAAAAUAUGUAGAAUUGCAGGAAAUACGUUUUAAAACAGUAACAUUUUCCUGGGGAGGACACACAGGGGUAGAAGGAUUACUUUAUCCUAUCCCAGGUGUUCCUUAAAGAGGUGGGGUAAAUUCACAUAGCAAAUCUCACUCCAAGCUUUCUUCAAAAGUUGGCAGCCCUGAAACCCUGAAAUGAAAUCAAUUUCAUAUUCACUCAAUUUAGUUAUAUUUUGCUAAUUGUAGGCCACGGUCUGUCAUUUAAAUAUAAAUAUUUUAUUUUAUUACGCAAUGAUGUGCCAAAUGUGAUUUAGUCCAUUAUUAUUGGGUAGUAUUUCGGAGCAUUUACAUUUACGUCAUUUAGCAGACGCUCUUAUCCAGAGCGACUUACAGUUAGUGAAUACAUAUUUUUUUAUACUGGCCCCCGUGGGAAUUGAACCCACAACCCUGGCAUUGCAAACGCCAUGCUCUAUCAACUGAGCUACAUCCCUGCCGGCCAUUCCCUCCCCUACCCUGGGCGACGCUGGGCCAAUUGUGCGCCGCCCAUGAGUCUCCCGGUCGCGGCCGGCUGCGACAGAGCCUGGAUUCGAACCAGGAUCUCUAGUUUUCAAAGACGUAUGAUGUCUACAAAUGGUCUAGUUACUUAAUCCAGAAACGAAAGUAGGGAGGUUGGUCCGGGAGGAUGGCUGGGAGUAAUCAGUCUAGCAGUCCAAAGGUUGCAUGUUCGAGUCGUGUCUGGGACAACUGUACAAUUUUGCUAACCCCCAUUCUAAGAUUAACCAAAUUAAUCUAACCUGCUACGUAAAUUCACCUAACCUUUGUCGUUUUAGUUCUCCUAACCUUUGUUGUUUUUGUUCCCCUAACCGCAAAUGUAAAUUCUCCCCGUAAUUAUCAAUUGAUGCAUCUUUCCUACAACGGCCGAAUAUGUAACAUAUAUUUCCCAAAACACCACGCAGAAAACGGUCGUUAAGUGCGUCAUUGGAGCAUGUCUCGAUACUGAUUUAGGAUCGAUAAAAAGGGAGUGUUACUCUCUGAUCAUCUUUCUCCAUUCAUAUCUUACCUUAACAUUAUAAUUAUUUCACAAAUCUGACGACGGAUCAGCUCCUAGAGAAAUAUUACUGCCUACAUUUACAUUUACGUAAUUUAGCAGACGUUCUUAUCCAGAGCGACUUACAAAUUGGUGCAUUCACCUUAUAGCCAGACGGCUGCAAAUAUUGAGGUGGUUUAUUCUAAUGCUUACCCAAUAAACAAAUGCACAAAAUCACCGAUUUGGCACAUCAUUGCGCAGAUGUUAGGCUACACAUGAAAUACUGUAUAUCGAGACAAAUUACAGACGGAAGCCUACAGGUGGCCAAAUAUAACUCAAUUGAUUGAACAUGAAAUGUAUUUCAAUAUAAAAAUACUGUUUAUUUGAAUCCAUUCAUCUCGGUUUUCAUUUGAAACAUGAUUUUAUACAUGGCUUUUUUGUAUCAAUUGCACAGACAUUGGCAACUUUGUAUUUUUAGUCAACAAUGUUCUGAAGUUAGUGGCGGUCACAGACGGAUAAACCAUGUGAUUCUAUAUUAAGCGGAGAUCUUUUGUGUAUAAAGUGAUGCAGGAGGGCAAAUCAUCUAACGACGCACUUGGCUGUUCUAUGAAUGGUUUGAGGCAGGCGUUAGAUUAGGAGUGCUUUCAAGUGCAACGCCUUUAUCUACUCCCACAGAGUCGGAUGCACUUGUGGAUACCAUAUUUAUGUCUCUGAAUGCAGUUUGAAGUAAGUUGCUAACUAGCGUUACCGCAAUUGCUAACUAGCGUUAGCGCAAAGACUGGAAGUAUUUGGUAUAAUACUGUCCCGUCAUUGCGCUAACGCUAGUUAGCAUUGGCUCGCGAAAGUACCUCUAACUUCCUUCAUACUGGAUAAAGAGACAUAAAAAUGGUAUCCAUGAGUUCAUCUGACUCUGGGGAAGAAGAUAAAUCCUGAAGUGUACCUUUAACAUGCUUUUGGUAAACCGGGCCCUGGUCUCAGAUGAGGUCUAAUACUAUACGCCUUCCAAGACAUAUGAUAAGUUACUAGCUAUAUCCAAUGUGUAUGCAAUUGCUGUAUGAUACUAUACGUCCUCUAAUUCGUAUGAUAUUGUAAAACCGCGAUUCCAUUCAUAAUGUAACUUAACAUAUACUAAAUGUAGUGUUACAUAUUUACCUACAGAAUAAUACGAAUUGUCCCGAGACCACGUUAAAUAAUUCUGAUUUUAAUGGAUAAAGCUGAUCUGUGAGCAGCGCUGCCUUUCUUUCGAUCCUAUCAGUAUCGACACAUGCGCCAACGACACACUUAGUGAACGUUCUCUCUACGUGGUGUUUUGGGAAACGCAAGUGACAACGAUGCAGCGGAAACCAGUCCCUACUUUCUGCGGCUCUACGUUGCGCCUCUUCGGGGACCGUGGACGGCAAAGUCCCGCUGAAUUUCUGGUGCCGAGACCGAGUGAAGAUCAAAGAUAUCAACCACUGAGCCGGUUUAUGAGCUACCUGGUUUCUAAAGAGUAAUCGGAAAGCUCUGUUCACUUUUAUAAGGUUUUAUUCAAACAGAUAUUGUUUUUUGGCUUAUAUUAAAUGAUGAUAACCCCAAGUGCUUUAUUUUAUUGAUUCUAUCUCCACUGUUGGAUUUUGAUUUAAAGUCACUCAUUUUAUUAAGCUGGCUGAAAACCACUUGUUUGUCACACUCACACAUCAUGUAUCCUGUCAUAAACUUUGCACUGUUUUCUUAUGGUCACACUAAACUGAAUGGCUAUAGGCCUAGUUGAUGGGUAUAUAACCUACAUCAGAUUGGAGCAAUACACAUUUUAGUUGUGUACUACGUUGAUAUAACUUGUGUCAUGUUCUCAUAGCAUGUCAGAUAGUUUGUCCAGUAUGUGUGUUUAUGACUGGCGCUGCGGUUUUGUGCCGGCAGGUCGGGUCCUGUGUCAGCUGGAGCCCUGUGGGUCUGUGGAGGUGAACCAGGCAGUGCAGGCAGGAAUGCAUUUAAAAGUCAGUUCAUUUCAGUUCAUGUGUGUGUGUACAUUUCCUCCCUUUUGUUGCUAUUUUCAAUCUAACCUAAUUUACCAUAUUAAUUUGGUUUUAAUCCUGUUGUCAAUUUACACCCAAGUAUGGAAAUGUCAGGUAUCACAUCUCAUGCAUACCAUGGGUUUAAGGAUAAGCAAGCGCAUGUUUUAAUAGUUUUUGUGAAUAAACCUCUGCAGAGAACUGAUUGGCUUAUUUGUGUUUUCAAUUUUACAAGUAGCUGUUUGACUGAUUUCACAGAAAUAUCCACAUAUAAGGGCAUUUAUUAGAAAGUUUAUGGUAACCCUUUCUGUCGUCGUUUCCGUUAUCCAUCUUUCCGGAAGAAAACUUUUUUUCCACAAACAAUGCUUCUAGCCAGCUUCAAGAAGCUGUACAAUAGUAUAAACGAUUCUGUUAUAAACAUUUCAUAGAAGCACUAGCACUGCAUAUUCGUUUUUGUGUAACAACGGUGAUUUUAUUUAAAGAACAAUGUCUGUUUCUUUCAGUACACAAAUGGCUGCCAUCAUGGAUGUGCUAACAAAGGCAGCUGUUGCAGAAAUAACCAAACUUGUAGACGAGGGCACUGUAGUGUUACGGCUUGAAAUGUGCCGGAAAGAAAAUGAGAUAGAAGGCCUUCAAAACAGUUUACAGCUGAUGGAAAGAGAACUGAGAAAAGCUCAAAGAGAAGCAGCAGCACAAGUGAUAAAUGACAGGCAACAUGCUGGGGGAAUUCAGGUUGGGAGUGGGACUCCACAAAAAGGUGAGAGGCGAGCUUACUCUUAGUGGUAUCAAGUCAGGUUAUUUUGCACUGUUCAAUGUUUUGUUUUAUUGCUUAUUUGACUUUAUAAUUUCUAACAAUAACAUAAACCAUCUACUUCCAGAUGAUGAAGAGGACCAGAAAGCCCAAGCCACGCCUGUAGAGGACCCAGUAGAGGGCUGCAAUGAGCAGCAGAGGUCUGGACACCUUGAAGAGGCGAGGGGUGGAAUGGAGUUUCUAUUGAAAGCAGAGCAGGUGGAAGAACAUGUAGCCCAGGGAACCAUACAAGACCCAGGAAUCACAGACAGUGUAGACUUUAGAAUGGAUGAGAGAGAUAGUCAGCUGUGGUCCUCUGUUCCACAAGGACUAAAUGGGAAUAAUUACCGUCACCCAGAUGGGUCUUUCACUACAGAGAGUUGCUUACAGAUGUUCUCCUCUCAGGCAGAUCAAUAUCCCGCUCCCAUCCCAUCCCAUCCUGCUUCUUGCAACUCUUUGUCCACUGUAGAGAAACCGCUGGAUGACAUAGUCAGCACUGUCCCAGUGAAAGUGGAGCCUGAAAGGCAUCCUGUGUAUCAUGACGAGGCCAUGUCUGAGUCCAUACAAGCUGUGCAGGGGCAGUACAGAGAUACUCUGCAUCCUGUUGUGAGAGAGGGCUUGAUUUUACAUCCCAGACUGCAGCAACCAGGACCUUCUUCACAAGGGCAAUUCAUGAGAGCAACUGAGAGCACAUCUGAGUCACACUCAUACAACCAAGAGCAUAUUCUUAAUAAGAACAGAUUGAAAACAAAGAGGAUGGUAAAUGUUUGGAGAGCUGUAGCAAACCAAAAAGUGUUUAUCUGCUCAUUGUGUGGAAAGAGCUUCCGCCGCCAUUGUCAACUUGAAGCACACCAGCACUCUCAUGCUGGAGUCAAACCAUACAGAUGUCUUGAGUGUGGGAAAAGUUUUACUCAGAAAAAUAGACUUAAGUCACAUCAGAGUGUUCACACGGGUGAGAGACCUUUCAGUUGCAGACUCUGUGGCAAGAUGUUUACAAGGCAGGACAACUGCCAAAGACAUGAGCGAUUUCACAGUGGACAAAAGCCAUUUAGUUGUAUGCAGUGUGGUAAAAGUUUCACGGUUCUCAGUAACCUCAAACUACAUCAAAAACAUCAAUGUAAAUUUGCCAAUGUCAGAAUUUAAGAUUGCAUGUGACACCUUCAGUGUUUUCCUCAGCAUUGUACAGUUAAAGAACUGUUUAUGUUGAUUGUUGAGCCGUUCAACUGUACUGAGAUUAGCAGGUUUCGGUUUCUACAAUAUGAAUAAAGUAUUAAAAAUGUUUAACCUCUUUUUCAUGUGAUUUUUCUUUGCCCCCGUCAAGAGAGCAACAGCUCCAAUAGCUCUAAUUGCUUUGAGCAUAUUCUCCUUUAUUUACAGUUCAUUUCAGUAGCUUGUUCGAUCAGACAGUAGCUAGCAGCAGUUCGAGUUCGUGCAUUUUGGGGUUAAAAUAAAGUUGACAUUUGAAUUGUAAAACAUCUUUAACAUUUCUACAAUGACCUUGCUGUGUAAGUGUAAUGCAACGACAUGUGAGACACGUACUGGUCCCCUGUUGGAAUCAAACCCACAGGCUCGGCAUUGUAAGCACCAUGCUCUACCAACUGAGCCACACAUGACACGAGGUAAGCAGAGAGGAAGUGGGUCUACAACAGACCCACGUUUGGAAAGUAUGUUUAAUAAUACAAUCCUUUAGAUAUUUUGUCUCAAAUUCCCAACGUCAUAAUGACCAACCGUCCAGGGAACCUAUCUGGGCUAGCUAAAGCCAACUUCAUAAAAUUGCUAGGUGGCUAGUAGUAUUACAAAGCAAAUUAUUAUGACAUUUUUUAACAGGACAAAUCUGGGGGGUCACGUGCCCCCUAACGGCAUGACGCCUCUGUCGACACAUGCUCCAACGACACACUUAGUGAACGUUCUCACUACGUGGUGUUUUGGGAAACGCAUGUGACACCUUCAGCAGUUAUAGGAACGAUGCAUCGGAAACCUGGCCCUACUCUGCGGCACUACGUAGCAUCCAUAGAGAAUGAUAGAGGCCUCUAGUCGCCAAAAGGUUGUGUUAGCAUGGGCCCUGCCUUUGAGAGCUUCCACCAUUUGAAUGUAGUCAACUGGGUGGGACUUCCAACUUCAUUGGCUGAUCCCUCCUGGUGACCCUUUUGGAGUCAUGUCCAACCGGGUCAUCAGGAAGGAUCAGCCAAUCGUGUUGAAAAAAAUGUACUACUUUAAAAUGGAGAUAGCCUCAAUGGCGUUGCCCAUGAUGUUGCAGAUGCUAUAAUAGCACAGAUACGAAGAUGAGUCCUCUAUCUAUCUCUAUGGUUGCGCCUCAUCGGGGACUGUGGACAUCAAAGUCCCACUAAGGGUUUAUGAAGAACAAAAAUUGAUCUUAGGCCUAUAUUAAUUGAUGAUAAGCCCAAAUGCUUUAUUUUUAUUGAUUAAUCUCCACUUUUGGACUUUUAUCUAAAGUCACUGUCAUUUUAUUAAGCUGGCUGAAAACCACUUGUUUUUUACACUCACGCAUCAUGUAUCCUGUCAUAAACUUUGCAAUGUUUCCUUGUUAUGGUCACACUAAGCUGAAGGGGUAUAGGUAUAGGCCUAGUUGAUGCGUAUAUAACCUACACUGGAGUGGAGGAAUACACAAUGUGUACUACAUUGAUAUAACUUGUGUCAUGUUUCUCAUAGCAUGUCAGAUAGUUUGUCCAUUAUGUGUGUGUGUGAAUGACUGGCGCUGCUGUUUUGUGCUGGCAGGUCGGGUCCUGUGUGAGCUGGAGCCCUGUGGGUCUGUGGAGGUGAACCAGGCAGUGCAGGUAGCCCAGUCUGCCUACCAGGGCUGGAGCCGGAUGUCAGGGAUGGAGAGAGCACACAUGUUAGAAGCUGCCCAUAUCAUUGAGGUAUCCAUCCCAGAAAGCAUCUCUAUGAUACCUGGGUUUGAUGAUCUGUCACUCCAAAUUCACUGUAUUUUCUGUCCCUGAUACAGUCAGAACUGAACACAGAAUCCAUGUCAUAGCUCAAGGUCUUUAUACUGUUUGCACAUGCUGUAGGUUAACAUUAGAGUACUAGUAUGGAAUGUGUUAAAAGUCAGUUCAUUUCAGUCUUUGGAUUGAAGUCUCUGACUAUUGACUAUUAAUCUCACUAUUAAUUAUACUGCCUGAAUAAAUCAGCCUGGGACAAGAACCGUCCCACUAAGAUUCAGGGCUACUCAGAAAACGGAUCCUCUGCAUAAUCCUCACUCUCUCGCUGUAAAUGUCCUCUUUUUUAAAACUUGGUUUUAAUCAAUCUACAAAGAGAUGUCAAUUUACACCCAUAUAUGGCAAUCUCAGGUAUCACAUAUCAUGCAUAACCAUGGGUAUUUUUAAGGGUUAGCAAGCAAAUGUAAUAACUUCUUAGGAGCAUUGUCUAGAUACACUAUAUAUACAAAAAUAUGUGGACACCGCUUCAAAGUAGUGGAUUCGGCUAUUUCAGCCACACCCGUUGCUGACAGGUGUAUAGAAUCGAGCACACAGCCAUGCAAUCUCCACAGACAAACAUUGGCAGUAGAAUGGCCUUACUGAAGAGCUCAGUGACUUUCAACGUGACACCGUCAUAGGAUGCCACCUUUCUGCCCUGGUAGAGCUACCCCGGUCAACUUUAAGUGCUGUUAUUGUGAAGUGGAAACAUCUAGGAGCAACAACGGCUCAGCCGCGAAGUGGUAGGCCACACAAGCUCACAGAAUGCGACCGCUGAGUGCCGAAGCGCGUAGCCAGUGGUGUAAAGUACUUAAGUUAAAAUACUUUUAAGUACUACUUAAGUAGUUUUUUUGGGGUAUCUGUACUUUACUUUACUAUUUAUUUUUGUAACUACUUUUACUUUUUACUCCAUACAUUUUCCCUGACACCCAAAAGUACUCGUUACAUUUUGAAUGCUUAGCAGGACAGGAAUAUGGUCCAAUUCACACACUUAUCAACAGAACAUCCCUGGUCAUCCCUACUGCCUCUGAUCUGGUGGACUCACUAAACACACAUGCUUCGUUUGUAAAUUAUGUCUGAAUGUUGGAGUGUGCCCCUGGCUAUCCGUACACUUUUUAAAAAACAAGAAAAUGGUGCCAUCUGGUUUGCUUAAUAUAAGGAAUUUGAAAUGAUUUAUACUUUUACUUUUACUUGUGAUACUUAAGUAUAUUUUAGCAAUUACAUUUAUAUUUGAUACUUAAGUAUAUUUUAAACCAAAUACUUUUAGACUUUUACUCAAGUAGAAUUUUACUGGGAGACUUUUACUUUUACUUGAGUCAUUUUCUAUGAAGGUAUCUUUACUUUUACUCAAGUAUGACAAUUGGGUACUUUUUCCACCACUGCGCUUAGCACGUAUAAAUAGUCUGUUCUCAGUUGCAACACUCACUACCGAGUUCCAAACUGCCUCUGGAAGCAACGUCAACACAAUAACUGUUCGUCGGGAGCUUCAUAAAAUGGGUUUCCAUGGCCGAGCAGCCACACACAAGCCUAAACUACCAUGCACAGUGCCACGCGUCGGCUGGAGUGGUGUAAAGCUCGACGCCAUUGGACUCUGGAGCAGUGGAAAUGCGUUCUCUGGAGUGAUGAAUCACGCUUCACCUGGCAGUCCGACUGACAAAUCUGGGUUUGGUAGAUGCCAGUAGAACGCUACCUGCCUGAAUGCAUAGUGCCAACUGUAAAGUUUGGUGGAGGAGGAAUAAUGGUCUGGGGCUGUUUUUCAUGGUUCGGGCUAGGCCCCUUAGUUACAGUGAAGGUAAAUCUUAACGCUACAACAUACAAUGACAUUCUGUGCUUCCAACUUUGUGGCAACAGUUUGGGGAAGGCCCUUUCCUGUUUCAGCAUGACAAUGCCCCCGUGCACAAAGCGAGGUCCAUACAGAAAUGGUUUGUCGAGAUCGGUGUGGAAGAACUUGACUGGCCUGCACAAAGCCCUGACCUCAACCCCAUCAAACAUCAUUGAGAUGAACUGGAAUGUCAACUGCGAGCCAGGCCUAAUCGGCCAACAUCAGUGCCCGACAUCACUAAUGCUCUUGUGGCUGAAUGGAAGCAAGUUCCCGCAGCAAUGUUCCAACAUCUAGUGGACAUCCUUCUCAGAAGAGUGGAGGCUGUUAUAGCAGCAAAGGGGGGACCAACUCCAUAUUAAUGCCCAUGAUUUUGGAAUGAGAUGUUCGAUGAGCAGGUGUCCACAUACUUUUGUACAUGUUGUGUAAUUUCCAUCCUCCUCUGGGUACAUUAACUUCAAUAAAAAACCUAGGAGGCUCAUGGUUCUCACCCCCUUCCAUAGACAAAGUAAUUAUGACAACUUCCGGAGGACAUCCUCCAACCUAUCAGAGCUCUUGCUGCAUGAACUGACAUUUUGACCACCCAAGCAAAGGAUCAGAGAAUGAAUCUGGUACUGAAAAGCAUAAGCUACAGCUAGCUAGCCCUGCAGUGCAUAAAAUGUGGUGAGUACUUGACUCAAAGAGAGAGAAAGACAAUAGUCGAACAGUUGUCAACAAAUUAAUUUCUUCAAAAAUGAAGGAGAAGCAAGAGCGAGAGAAAUAUUUAUUUCACUUUCACUUACUUAGCUAGCCAAUGCAGCUAGCUGGUUUAGCCUACUCAAACAGAGAGGGAUGCUAUGUUAGUCCCUGCAGCAAUGUUCUAACAUCUAGUGGAAAUCCUUCCCAAAAGAGUGGAGGCUGUUAUAGCAGCAAAGGGCGGACCAACUCCAUAUUAUUGCCCAUGUUUUUGGAAUGAGAUGUUCGACGAGCAGGUGUCCACAUACUUUUGGUCAUGUAGUGUAUGUUUUGUCCUACUGUAUAUUUCUAUUCCAUAAACCAAUAAGGGUAUGUAUUAGAAAGUUUACAGUAACCCUUUCUGUCCUAAUUUCCAUUACCGUUCUUCCGGAAUAUAUAUAUGUUUUAACAACAACGCUGCUUGCCAGCUUCGACAAGCUGUACAAUAGAAGAAACGAUUCUGUUAUAAACAUUUCACAGAGGCACUAGCACUGCAUAUUCGUUUUUGUGUAACAACGGGGAUUUUAUUUGAAGAACAAUGUCUAACACUAUUUCAUUCAGUACACAAAUAGCUGCAAUCAUGGAUGUGCUAGCAAAGGCAGCUGUUGCAGAAAUAACCAAACUUGUAGACGAGGGCACUGUCGUGCUACGGCUUGAAAUGUGCCGGAAAGAAAAUGAGAUAGAAGGCCUUCAAAACAGUUUACAGCUGAUGGAAAGAGAAUUGAGGAAAGCUCAAAGGGAAGCAGCAGCACGAGAGACAAAUGACAGGCAACAUGCUGAGGGGUUUCAGGUUGGGAGUGGGACUCCACAAAAUGGUAAGAGGCGGCUGACUCUUAGAACUAUGAAGGUAGGUUAUUUGCACUAUUCAAGGUUUUGUUUGAUUGUUUUUUUGACUUUACAAUUUCUAACAAUUACAUAAACCAUCUACUCUACUUACAGGUGAUGACGAGAAAAAGAAAGGCCAAGCCAUGCCUGUAGAGGACCCAGAAGAGAGCUUCAAUGAGCUGCAGAGGUCUGGACACCUUGAAGAGGUGAGGGGUGGACUGGAGUUUCUGGUGAAAGCAGAGCAGGUGGAAGAACAUGCAGGCCAGGAAACCAUACAAGACUCAGGAAUCACAGACAGUGUGGACUUUAGAAUGGAUGAGAGAGAUAGUCAGCUGUGGUCCUCUGUUACACAAGGACUACAUGGGAAUAAUUCUGGUCACCCAGAUGGGUCUUACACCACAGAGAGAUGCUUACAGGUGUUCUCCUCUCAGGCAGAUCAAUAUCCCGCUCCCAUCCCAUCCCAUCCCAUCCUGCUUCCUCUUUGUCCACUGUAGGGAAACCGUUGGAUGAUAUAUUCAGCACUGUCCCAGUGAAAGUGGAGCCUGAGAGGCAUCCUAUGUAUCAUGGCGAUGCCAUGUCUGAGUCCAUACAAGCUGUGCAGGGGCAGUACAGAGAUACUCUGCAUCCUAUUGUGAGGGAGGGCUUGAUUUUACAUCCCAGACUGCAGCAACCAGGACCUUCUUCACAAGGGCUCAUGAGAGCAACUGAGAGCACAUCGGAGUCACACUCACACAACCAACAGCAUAUUCUUAAUAAGAACAGAUUGAAAACAAAGAGGAUGGUAAAUGUUUGGAGAGCUGAAGCAAACCAAAAAGUGUUUAUCUGCUCAUUGUGUGGAAAGAGCUUCCACCGCCAUUGUCAACUUGAAGCACACCAGCACUCUCAUGGUGGAGUCAAACCAUACAGAUGUCUUGAGUGUGGGAAAAGUUUUACUCAGAAGCAAAGACUUAAGUCACAUCAGAGUGUUCACACGGGUGAGAGACCUUUCAGUUGCAGACUCUGUGGCAAGAUGUUUACAAGGCAGGACAACUGCCAAAGACAUGAGCGAUUUCACAGUGGACAAAAGCCAUUUAGUUGUAUGCAGUGUGGUAAAAGUUUCACAGUUCUCUGUAACCUCAAACUACAUCAAAAACAUCAAUGUAAAUUUGCCAAUGUCAGAACAUAAGAUUGCAUGUUGUUCAGUGUUUUCCUCAGCAUUGUACAGUUAAUGAACUGUUCGUGCUAAUUGUUGGUCUAUUCAACUGUACUGAGAUUAGCAGGUUUAGGUUUCCAACAUUUCAUUUGUUUCUACAUAAUGAAUAAAGUAUUUAAGGAGUUUAACCUCUUUCUCAUAUGAUUUUUCUUUGCCUCAAGAAGAGCGCAACAGCUGCAUGGAUCCAAUUGGCUUGCGCAUGUUCUCCUGUAGUUACGGUUCAUUUCCGUAGCAGCAUCGUUCGUAGCAGCAGUUCUUGCAUUUUGGGGUUAAAAAUAAAGUUUACAUUUGAUGAUUGCAUUGUGAAACAGCUUUAACAUUUCUACAAGGACUUUGUUGUGUAAGUGCAAUGCAACGACAUGUGGAACUGUUUUUCUUUUUUACAACUGUCAGUUAACGGCUAUAUUUGUUUACGGAUAGUUGAAUUGUUGCCACACAGUUCGAUUGCCAGCUAGCCUACAUUUUGUAAGGUCAUUUCAUGAUUAUUGCUUGAGGGUUUUGUUCCCUGUUGUUUUUGACAUGACUAAUAAUAGCCUAAUCGUUUUUUCCCCCGUUGUAGCUGUGUCCACUGUCCGAAGUGUGACUGUCAGAAAGAUGCUUCAAAGGCUUGUUUUGGCCCGGCCUGCUGCUCUACUCUUUGCGGCUCUACGUUGUGCCUCAUCGGGGACCGUGGACGUCAAAGUCCCGCUGAAUUUCUGGUGCGGAGACAGAGUAAAGAUCAGUGAUGUGUCAACCACUGAGCCUGUUUACGAACCUGCAACUGGUAGCUACCUGGUUUCUAAAGAGUAAUCUCUGAAAGCUCUGUUCACUUUUAUGAAGAUGUAUUCUAACAGAACUUGAUUUUACGCAUUCAUACACCCAAAGUGCUUUUUCUUUUAUUGGUUAAUCUCCACUGUCAUUUUAUUCAGCUGGCUGAAAACCACUUGUUUGUCACACAUGACACAUCAUGUAUCCUGUUUCCUUGUUACAGUCACUCUCUCGGUGGAAUGGGUAUAUAGUUUAUGGUUAUACCCACAUCAGAAUUGGAGGAAUACACAAUUUACUUGUUGAUGUAACUUGUCAUGUUCCUCAUAGUAUGUCAGAUAGUUUGUCCAGUAUGUGUGUGUGUAUGUGACUGGUGCUGCUGUUUUGUGCUGGCAGGUCGGGUCCUGUGUGAGCUGGAGCCCUGUGGGUCUGUGGAGGUGAACCAGGCAGUGCAGGCAGCCCAGUCUGCCUACCAGGCUUGGAGCCGGAUGUCCGGGAUGGAGAGGGCACACAUCAUGAUAGAAGCUGCCCGUAUCAUUGAGGUAUCCAUCCCAGAAUGCAUCUCUUUCUGAUACCAGAGUUUGAUGAUCAGUCACUCCAAAUUCAAGGUCUGUUCUGCCCCCCCAUACAGUCAGAACUGAAAUCAAAAUCCAUCUCAAUGCUCAAGAUUAUACUGUUUGCACAAGCUGUAGGUUAACUUGAGUGUACUAGUUUGGAAUGCAUUCAAACGUCAGUUCAUUUGAGUUUUUGGAUUGAAGUCUCUGACUAUUAAACUUGCUCUCCUGUUGUGGACAGAACAGGAGAGAGGACAUUGCGGAGAUCGAGGUGGUGAACAACGGAAAGUCCAUCACAGAAGCCCGAAUGGAUGUGGACUCUGCCAGACUGUGUAUAGAGUAUUACGCUGGGGUGGCCAGCACUCUGGCAGGUUGGCAUGACGAUGGAUAGGGGGGUUACACUGGGUCAUAAUAGGAAUUCUGAUGCAGUUGGGGGGAGAAUUGUUGGCAUUAGACCUAUAGUAGGUAGUAAAGAUAUCAAGAUGACUUGGUAUGCUGCUGACCACUAGUGGUGUUUAUGGUCACUGUUUGCCCGUUCUGUCCCUCUAGGCCAGCAUGUCCAGCUGCCCGGAGGCUCCUUUGCCUACACACGGCGGGAGCCUCUAGGCGUCUGUGUGGGGAUUGGUGCUUGGAACUACCCCUUUCAGAUAGCAGCCUGGAAGUCGGCCCCAGCCCUGGCCUGUGGUAUGACGACACACUCCUUUUAAGUUACAGUAUAAAGUCAAACACACACUUUAUUGCCAUAAUUGUUCAUAUGCAAUUGAUAGAAAUACACAUUUUCAAUAAUACACAAAGACUCCUUUUCCCUCUCUCUUGCUCUCACCCCAUCAGGCAACUCCAUGGUGUUCAAGCCUUCACCCGUGACUCCAGUGACAGCGGUGCUGCUGGCUGAGAUUUAUGCCAAAGCUGGGGCCCCAGAGGGACUGUUCAACAUAGUUCAGGGUGGGCAGGAGACGGGCAACCUGCUCUGCCACCACCCCGACGUGGCUAAGGUCUCCUUCACCGGCAGUGUGCCCACAGGCAAGAAGGUAAAUCUAACAAUCCCAAAAUAAGAUCAUAACUUAAGUUUUUUGUGUUGAGGCGCUAUAAUACAUACAAUGUCCAUUGCAUUAUGGGAAAAGUAGUCUUUGUCAUUAACACGUAACAAAACACUCUUAACCCUCAGAUCAUGGAGAUGUGCUCCAAGGGGGUGAAGCAUGUGACUCUGGAGCUUGGUGGGAAGUCUCCUCUGCUCAUCUUUGAGGACAGUGACCUGGAGAACGCAGUGAAGGGGGCUCUCAUGGCCAACUUCCUGUCCCAGGGCCAGGUAGGGUGUGGGGUGUGCAAGUUUCAGCGCUUUUGAUCCAAGUUUCAGCUCUUUAAACACGGUGACACAGUCCUUAACACCAGCUCCUCUAUGAAUGUACUUUUUUACCUUGUGUGUGUUUGUCCAACCCAGGUUUGCAGCAAUGGGACCCGGGUGUUUGUUCAGAGGCAGAUGUUGCCCGAGUUCCUGGAGGAGGUUGUGAGGAGGACCAAGGACAUUGAGAUAGGGGACCCACUACUGGAGAGCACCCGUAUGGGAGCACUGGUCAGCCGGCCACACCUAGACAGAGUCUUGGGCUACGUCGAUCAGGCCAGGAAAGAGGUAUUUGGUAUUUUAUUAGGAUCCCCAUUAGCUGUUGCAAAAGCAGCAGCUACUCUUCCUGGGGUCCACACAAAACAUGAAACAUGACAUAAUACAGAACAUUAAUAGACAAGAACAGCUCAAGGACAGAACUACAUACAUUGUUUUUAAAAGGCACACGUAGCCUACAUAUCAAUACAUACACACAAACUAUCUAGGUAAAAUAGGGGAGAGGCGUUGUGCCGUGAGGUGUUGCUUUAUCUGUUCUUUGAAACCAGGUUUGCUGUUUAUUUGAGCAAUAUGAGAUGGAACGGAGUUCCAUGCAAUAAUGGCUCUAUAUAAUACUGUACGCUUUCUUGAUUUUGUUCUGAAUUUGGGGACUGUGAAAAGACCCCUGGUGGCAUGUCUGGUGGGGUAAGUGUGUGUGUCAGAGCUGUGUGUAAAUAUGCAAAAUUUUUUGGAUUUUUCAAUUCAAAGAGACUAAAAGUACCUAUUUUCAAUAGUAUUAUCUUAAGUUCCUGGUAAGCCGUUAGAAUCAGAUCAGACCAAUAAUAAUGGGCGAAGAUGAUGUCACUGGCAAGUAAAUUGACUGCUUUACUGACUGCAUGACUGAGGUGAUGUUGAAGUAAGACCAUUUGACUCUGAUUCUAGGGAGCCAAGGUGUUGUGUGGAGGAGAACCCUUCGUUCCUUUAGAUCCCAAACUCAGAGGUGGAUACUACAUGACACCAUGUGUAUUGGGUGAGCCUAGUUUUAGUAUUAUGGACUAUUUGAAGUACACUCCCCUACCUAUGUAUUUAGACUGUGAUGCUUAAAUAAAAAAUGUGGCUCUCUAUACUCCAGCAUUUUGGAUUUGAGAUCAAAUGUUUUAUAUGAGGUGACUGUACGGAAUGUCACCUUUUAUUUGAGGGUAUUUUCAUACAUAUCUAAUUUAAAAAUUAAAGCACUUUAUAGAACUAGACCCCCCGUUUAAAGAUGUCAUAAGUAUUCUGACAAAUUUCACUUAUAGUGUACCAAAGUAGUCAAAAAGUGUAGUAUUUGGUCCCAUAUUCCUAGCACGCAAUGACUACAUCAAGCUUGUGACACUACAAACUCGUUGGAUGCAUUUGCAGUUUGUUUUGGGUUAUGUUUUGCCCAAUAGGAAUGAUGACUGGAGUAAUUUCCUUUCUAAGUGUGUAGAUAAGAUGUUUCUGAACACUUCUAAAUAAAUCCUAAUAAUGCCACGAUUAAGAAAAAUCAUGAAUGAAUAAUGAUGAGUGAGAAAGUUAGAGGCUAUAACAAAUCAUGCUAACCUCUCACCAUUACCAAUAAUGAAGAGAUUAGCAUUUUUGGGGGCUAUUAUUUCUGUCCCUCUGUAACUUUCUCACACAACAUCAUUCACGAUUCAUUCAUGAUUAUCCAUAAUCAUGGUAGCAUCUACAUUAACAUAGAAGUGUUCACAAACAUCUUCUAUUCUUACUUACAAUAAAAGUGACUCCAAAAUGAGACAAUACAUUAUUCACCAUUCACUUCCUAUUGGACAAAACAUAAUCUGUGACACAAUCAAAACAAGCUGUAAAUGCCGGCAGGGAUGUGGGUUCGUUUCCCACGGGGGCCAGUAUGAAAAAAAAAAAAUGGGAGAAAAAAAAACAUGUAUGCAUUCACUAACUGUAAGUCGCUCUGGAUAAGAGCGUCUGCUAAAUGAUUAAAAUGUGCUGCUCUAGCAGGCGGGGGAGGGGCCAUACUGUGAGCAAGUGACACGGGAGCAGGGAGAGAGACCGCAACCAACCAAGCUGACUCAUGCUAUAGUAGACUAAUAGCUGCCAUAGCUAGGUUAUUUAUCCUCAAAUAUGAUUAUGUUGUACCUGUCUUGACUGCGUUAAGCUAGCUAACGUUAGACUAAAUGAGGCUGCAGUGCAUGCGCUUUCUCACAAAUAACAACAACUCCAUUCAGAAUAUUAAGUAGCAGCCUACCUGUUGGCGCUUGGUCAUUUAAGCCUAUCCUUCUCUUUUAACUUUUAAUUAUAUUUUAAUUCCAUCUUCCAUUGAUUAGAUAUCUCCGAACUUUUGCCACACACGGAGGCUCUAUGACUGAAGCCUGUUGGCGCUUUGAUGACUUAUGAUUGGCCAACAACAACAACAAGCGCCUCUGUGAAAAGCAAGAGCAGCAGCAUAAAUUAUAGAAUUUCUCUCUCUACUGCAGCAGUCGCGUUCGGAUCUGUACGGGUCCUUCCGGACAACUUAGUUAAAAUUGCACAUACAGUGCCUUGCAAAAGUAUUCAUCCCCCUUGGCGUUUUUCCUAUUUUGUUGCAUUACAACCUGUAAUUUAAAUUGAUUUCUAUUUGGAUUUCAUGUAAUGGACAUACACAAAAUAGUCCAAAUUGGUGAAGUGGAAUGAAAAAAAUAACUUGUUUCAAAAAAUGCAAAAAAAUAAAUAACGUAAUAGUGGUGCGUGCAUAUGUAUUCACCCCCUUUGUUAUGAAGCCCCUAAAUAAGAUCUGGUGCAACCAAUUACCUUCAGAAGUCACAUAAUUAAUUAGUGCAAUCUAAGUGUCACAUGAUCUGUCACAUGAUCUCAGUGUGUAUAUAUACACCUGUUCUGAAAGGCCCCAGAGUCUGCAACACCACUAAGCAAGGGGCACCACCAAGCAAGCGGCACCAUGAAGACCAAGGAGCUCUCCAAACAGGUCAGGGACAAAGUUGUGGAGAAGUACAGAUCAGGGUUGGGUUAAAAAAAUGUAUCCGAAACUUUGAACAUCCCACGGAGCACCAUUAAAUCCAUUAUUAAAAAAUGGAAAGAACAUGGCACCACAACAAACCUUCCAAGAGAGGGCAGACCACCAGAAUAGUUAUGCACGCUCAAGUUUUCUGUUUCUUUGUCUUAUUUCUUGUUUUACAAUAACAAAUAUUUUUGCAUCUUCAAAGUGGUAGGCAUGCCGUGUAAAUCAAAUAAUACAAACCCCCCAAAAAUCUAUUUUAAUUCCAGGUUGUAAGGCAACAAAAUAGGAAAAAUGCCAAAGGGGUGAAUACUUUCGCAAGCCACUGUACCCGAGACCCGUGACAAUCAUAUCAGAGCCAACCCAGACCCGUGACAUUAUUUUGAAUUCUGGAUCCGGACCCACGCGGGCCCUGUCUCAGGUAUUUGGGUACAGGUGGAUCCUUGAAGACCUCUAGUCACAAGCUUGAUGUAGUCAUUGUGUGCAAGGAAUAUGGAACCAAAUACUACACUUUUGACUACUUUAAUAUAGUAAGUGAAAUUUGUCCAAAAUCUUCAAACGGGGGGAGUAGAUCAAUAAAGUGCUUUCAUUUCUAAAUCAGAUAUGUAUGAAAAUACCCUCAAAUAAAAGGUGACAUUCUGUACUGUCACCUCAUAUGCAACAUAUAUCAAAUCCAAAAUGCUGGAGUAUAGACAAAUUUCACUUUUUAGCAUCACUGUCCAAAUGCAUACAUAGGUGAGUAUUUAUAGUCUCUUUCUCCAAUACCCAUUGUACUGAUUUACUUUCUUUCUCUCCCUCUUGUCCCUGCAUCUCUUGGCCAUAGGCAACUGCACGGACAACAUGACGUGUGUGAAGGAGGAGAUCUUUGGGCCUGUGAUGUCUGUGUUGUCAUUUGAAACAGAGGAGGAAGCUUUGCUGAGGGCCAACGACUCUGCCCUGGGCCUGGCUGCAGGGGUCUUCACCAGGUGAUGAUAUCAUACAACACAGUUAUCAGGGUUGUGUUCUAUAGGGAGAACGUUUUUGAAACUGAGUGAAACAGAACGGUACUACCUGGAGUUGUAAAAUAAGAACAGUCAGUGUUCCUUUUUCAGUUUCAAAAUGUUUUGCUACAUUAUACCCUGAGCACCACCCUUCAGGUUGAGGUACACAUUUAAUCCCACUUCAGUGUUUGACCUGCUUGUUGCCAUGUGUCUGGCCUGUAGUGACGUGAAGCGAGCACACCGUGUAGUGGAACAGCUGAAGGCUGGAUCCUGCUUCAUCAACAACUAUAACAUCACCCCUGUGGAAGUGCCCUUCGGAGGUUUCAAGAUGUCAGGUACAGUCCUACCGUAUUCACACCAGAUACCUGUUAUUUUCCUCUAUGGGAGUAUCAGAAUUAUAAACAUGUAGGGGUUGUUAUUUGUAGUGUAGCAAUCACGUUGGUUUGUUUGAACGCCUUUUCAUUUCCAUUUUCCACAGUAUUUUGUGUUAGGUAGACUAUUGUCAACAACAGUAAUAAUAGCGUGUCAAGAAGAAUAAACAUUUUGCUGUUGUCUCUCCACAGGCAUAGGGAGAGAGAACGGUCAGGUGACCGUAGAGCACUACACACAAAUGAAGACUGUGUUUGUGGAGAUGGGGGACGUUGACAGUCUCUUUUAAACGUCAAUGGAGUCAUGCAACUCAGAGACGUUCUCUGGGAUGAAAUACCAGCGUCCUGAGCCAGAAAAAGGUCUCCCAGUGAAAGAAGUGGAGCUUUAACUCUGGUACGUAGGUAGUUGAAUGAAGGAUAUACAGUAAUAUCUCCAUCUCUGAUAGAGUUUAGCUUAAUUAUUCUCAAAAAAUACUGUGAUAAGAUGAUCUCCGUUCUGAGCCAAAUGGAUAAAUCGAAAGUCGUGCCUUGAUAUUUUGUAACAAAAUAUUUGCUAAAUUGAUUCUCAUAACUAUGGAUGCCUAACAUAAAAAAAGUACUUGACACUAUGCAGCAUGUGGUGCAGAAGUUGCACUUUUUGUCCCAUUUUGUCAUUCUUGCAUCAUGUGUCGCUGUUUGCCAAUGGAUGUAGUCUACCACAGACGUUUUCCAUUUCUGUAAUUCAAUGCUUUGUACAAUUGUACAUAAUCACUUGUACUUUGUAUGUAUCAUUAUAUAAAUGUUUACCAUUUCAAAGUUGUGUGCAUGUAUGUUUUCAUUUCACCCUUUUUCAUUUCUUUAUUAAUAUGCUUGACAAGUUUAUAAAUGGGCUUUGAAGUAAAGCUU